AUGGCGCGCUGCGAGCGGCUGCGCGGCGCGGCCCUGCGCGACGUGCUGGGCCAGGCGCAGGGCGUCUUGUUCGACUGCGACGGGGUGCUGUGGAACGGCGAGCGCACCGUGCCGGGCGCCCCCGAGUUGCUGCAGCGGCUGGCGCGGGCGGGCAAGGCCACGCUGUUCGUGAGCAACAACAGCCGGCGCGCGCGGCCCGAGCUGGCGCUGCGAUUCGCCCGCCUGGGCUUCGCGGGGCUGCGCGCCGAGCAGCUCUUCAGCUCUGCGUUGUGUGCCGCGCGCCUGCUUCGCCAGCGUCUGCCCGGGCCGCCCGACGCCCCGGGCGCCGUGUUCGUGCUGGGCGGCGAGGGGCUGCGCGCCGAGCUGCGUGCCGCGGGGCUGCGCCUGGCGGGCGACCCCGGCGACGACUCGCGCGUGCGCGCCGUGCUCGUGGGCUACGACGAGCACUUCUCCUUCGCCCGGCUGAGCGAGGCGUGCGCGCACCUGCGCGACCCCGACUGCCUGCUCGUAGCUACCGAUCGCGACCCUUGGCACCCGCUCAGCGACGGAAGCCGGACCCCGGGUACUGGGAGCCUGGCUGCCGCAGUAGAGACAGCCUCAGGACGCCAGGCCCUGGUGGUGGGCAAACCCAGCCCCUACAUGUUCCAGUGCAUCACCGAAGACUUCAGCGUGGACCCCACCCACACCCUGAUGGUGGGUGACCGUCUGGAGACCGACAUCCUCUUCGGCCACCGCUGUGGCAUGACCACCGUACUCACACUCACAGGGGUCUCACGCCUCGAAGAAGCCCAGGCUUACCUGGCAGCUGGUCAGCAUGACCUUGUGCCUCACUACUAUGUGGAGAGCAUUGCGGACUUGAUGGAGGGGCUGGAGGACUGAGUCCACCUCCCCUGUUCCCUGAUCCCAUAGAUGGAGGCUACAGGCCGUGAGUCACACUCAGCACCAGGAGCUCCCUGGCACGGGUGUCUGUACCCCAGUGAAGGGAAGCUGGGAUCCAGGAAGGCUUGUGGGCCUUCAUACCCCUCCUAGCAGUGGCUGGACACUGCUGUUCAGAAGCUGUCCCCCCUACAUCUUGAAGGUUCACCCUGGCCUGACCCCACCAAAUGGCCUACUUCCUGUCCUGUCACCUCCCCUUUUGAACUAUAUAGGGGCCCUGAAGCCAAAUGAGAAUUUUCUCCAUCCCUGAGUACUUAAGCUCCUCCCCUUCUCUGGGCCCCCUACUGUUCUGUGUUUGGGGUCCCUGUUGACCAAUCAGAAGUCUAGGGAGCUCCAGCCAUUCCUGGACUUAACAGGCCAAUGGAAGGCAAGCUGCCGGUAGUGACUGGUAUGUUCGUGUCUCACAGUGGGCCCUUAGUGGACCAAGGAAGAGCUUAAAGAACACGUUGCCUAUCCUGGAGCCCCAGAGGGCCAGUCUAAGGCUAAGUGACGUUGAUCUCUGGAUGUCCAUGAGGACAGUAAC